UCCUUAUCCUCCUUUCUGCAACGACAUUCUCCCAGAGCUUUGAAGUGAAGGCCUUGAUCGGUUUGCCUCUGUAUACAGCACCUCUGAAUCGUCUACGUUUGGCAUUCUGAAGCCAUGGCUGACGGCGAUCACCAAUAUCGGCCUCAGCCGCCGCAACAGGAGCAGAGGCAGCCUUUUCCUCCUCCACCAAAUCAGUCUAUGGGGCAGCCAUUCAGACCUGAACAGCACGCGCCGCCAGUUCUCCCACCCCCACAAAACCUCGCGUCUGCGAAUCCGAUGAAUCCCUCAUCGCAAGGACAAGCUGGACCCGGUGCUCACUACUAUGGACCUCAACACGGUGGGCAGGGACCCCCGCCGCCCCUUCCUCAGCUCCCAUCGAUGAUGACUUCCCAGAACCAGGGUGAGAAUGGACCACAGAAUGGACCUGGAGGACCUGGGAACGGAUUUAGUCUUCCGUCGCUCUCGCAAGGUCCUCCUGGGCCCCCGCAGCACCAAGGACACGGCCCCGACGCACCACCCAUGGGAUCUCACCCUUCACAGACGUCGCUCCCUUCCCUCAACUCUUCCGGUCAGCCUGUCGGAUCACAUAUGUCGCGUCCUCAAGGACCACCUGGGCCUCCUGGGGGUGGACUGCCUCCCAUGCCUGGACCCCCACGUGACCCCGGCAUCGGCUACCGACCACUCAACGUCAAGGACGCAUUGUCAUAUUUGGAUCAGGUGAAAAUCCAGUUUUCAGAACAGCCAGAUGUGUACAACAAGUUCCUUGACAUCAUGAAGGACUUCAAGUCGCAAUCCAUAGAUACACCGGGCGUCAUUGAGCGCGUUUCAACUUUGUUCCGCGGUCACCCGAACCUCGUCCAGGGUUUCAACACGUUUCUCCCCCCGGGCUACCGUAUUGAGGCAUCCUUCGACCCCUCCGAUCCGAACAUUCGCGUCACUACUCCCAUGGGAACCACCACGACCUCCGGCGGAGCUCCGUUCCGCGAGAGUACUGCCUUCUACGAGCAGCACCCAAGUGGCCCGAGCAGCGGAUGGCAAGAACCGAGUGGUUUCGGACGUCAGGGUGGUGGUGGUGGGGGUGGGUACAAUGACUAUAACGACGGACCAGGCGCUCCUCGGCACCAAGACGAGCCUGGGCCCAGACCACCGGAUGGGAAGAAGGCACCUGUUGAGUUCAACCACGCGAUCAACUACGUGAACAAGAUCAAGAACCGAUUCGCGGACGAGCCAGACACGUACAAGAACUUUUUGGAAAUCCUUCAAACAUACCAGAAAGAGCAGAAGCCCAUUGGCGAUGUCUACGAGAAGGUGCAAAUUCUCUUCAGAGGGCAACCCGAUUUGUUGGACGAUUUCAAACAGUUCUUGCCUGAGGUGGGUGCCUAUCAGGCUGCUCACCAGCAGCAGCAGGCGCGCUUACCCCCUGUUGGGAACUUCGCUCCUCCAGCUGUGCCGAAGGACAAGAAGAAGCGCAGCCAGGUCGCGGAGCCGCCUCAGCCUGCUCAGAGCCGCACGAGUCAGAACAAGCGUUCGAAACACCAUCACAAGCCCAGUGCUGACUUGUCCCAAGUUAGCCCGACGCUCACGCCUGCUGUACCAGAGCCGAUUGGUCCGCCUAUGAAGGCAUCUGCAUCUGCGGAGGAGCUCGCGUUCUUCGACCGCGUUAAGAAGUACAUCGGCAACAAGCAGACUUACAACGAGUUCUUGAAGGUCUUGAACCUGUUCAGCCAGGAGAUCUUGGACAAGAACACGUUGCUUGAGCGUGUCGAGGGAUUUAUCGGCGGUAACCGCGAGCUGAUUGACUGGUUCAAGCGCUUUGUUGGGUAUGAUGGCCGUGAUGAUAUCAUUGAGAACAUCCCCACACCAGGUCCUCGCAUUGACCUCGCUGCCUGCAAGGCCUACGGUCCGUCUUAUCGCCAGCUUCCCAAGUCGGAGACGUUGCUGCCUUGUUCUGGACGUGAUGAGAUGUGCUGGGAGGUUCUGAAUGACGAGUGGGUCUCACACCCGACUUGGGCAUCUGAAGACUCCGGUUUCGUCGCGCACAGAAAGAAUCAGUACGAGGAGGCUCUUCACAAGAUCGAGGAGGAGCGUUAUGAGUAUGACCUUAACAUUGAGGCUAACCUUCGUACCAUUCAGCUCCUCGAGCCCAUCGCUCAGCGUAUCUCCAACAUGUCUCCCGAAGAGCGCAAUCACUUCAAGUUGCCUCCUGGUCUCGGCGGACAAUCCGUUAGUAUCUACCAGAAGGUGAUCAAGAAGGUUUACGACCGGGAAAGGGGGCUUGAAGUGAUUGAGGCUCUUCACGAGAAUCCAUCUGUAGCGGUUCCUAUCGUCUUGAAGCGUCUGAAGCUGAAGGAUGAGGAAUGGAAGCGCGCACAGAGGGAGUGGAACAAGGUUUGGAGAGAUACUGAGGCUAAAUCUUUCUAUAAGAGUUUGGAUCAUCAAGGUAUCACCUUCAAGGCGACUGACAAGAAGACUGUCGCUACCAAGAACCUGAUCGCGGAAAUUGAGGUUCUUCGUAAGGAGCAACAGUCUAACCGCAUGAACGCUGCUAUACGGCCAAGGUACCAGAUCCAGAGCGUGUUUGAGGAUAAGGAUGUCAUCCUUGACAUCGCUAAGCUGAUUGCCGUAUAUCUUGGAUCCAGCUCCGGUGUCUCUGCCAGUGACCGUGAGAAGAUUGACGCUUUCGUCAAGCAGUUCAUUCCCAUGUUCUUCAGCAUGCCGAACAAGGCAGUUGCCGAGAAGAUCGGUAACGCUAUCAGCAUGGAAGACGACGAGGAGAUGGAGGAUGAUGGUGGUGAUGACACUGCCUCUAACGCUAGCGCUUCAGCUCGUGGUCGUGGACGCGACCUCCUCAAGGACGUUCUCAAGCGCGGUAGAACAGGUAAGGGCGGUAGGAAGGACAGGGACAGCAGCAGCUUCCCUGCUUCCAAGGAAUCCACCCCCGAGCCUAACUCUCUGUUGGGUGGCAGUGAUGAACUUAUGAAGGAUGCUGAAGCUGACGACGAGAACGCCGAAGCUACGAAUGGUGAUCACGAAGACGAGGGUCUUACUGAAGCUAUCCCCGCCGAGGAGGUUGAGGAGACCUGGAUCAAGAAUGCCACUUCGGACGAUGCUCGUGCGGCGGCAGAGGCUGGUCAAGGCAAGCUAAGGACCACUUACAACCUCUUUGGCAACUCUACCCUCUACUCCUUCUUCAGGCUCGUCCAGAUUCUCUACAACCGACUCAACGCACUGAAGCAGUAUGAAGAUCAGGCUGCCGCGGAUAUCAGAGCUCGUAAGCCUAACGCUAUCGCUGUCGAACUCGGCAUCAACCACAACCGACUCGAUCAGUUGGAGGAGGCGCUUAACCGCGACGGUGAGUCGUGCUACAGCCAGUUGCUCAAGCUGAGCGAGAAGAUGAUGGAGGGAGAUCUGGAGCAGGGUACUUUCGAGGAGGUUGUCGCUGCCAUUGUCAAGCAGAUCGCUACUGUUGUGUCUGAUGCCAAGGGCUCGGAACUUAUCGGCUUGUUUGAGAAGGACCGCAAGCAGGUGAUGACUACGCCAAGACAGCAGAUCGUGUAUCGUGUUCAGGUCGAGACUUUGUUGGGCCCGAACGAGAACACGUACCGUAUGGACUGGAACGAGCAUACCAGACAGCUUUCUAUUCAGCUACUUGGCAAGGACGACCUGACCCUUGAUGAAGCGACCACAGCCGAGGAACAAUGGCGUUACUACGUCGAUAGCUACGUCAUGUCCAGCCCGACAGAAGGCGUGUCACCCGAACGCGUCCGACCACCCUUCUUGCGUCGUGAUCUUCCCGACGUUGACGAUGUCGAGGAGCUUAUCGGCGAAGAUGGCGUGUCGAAGUCUGGUUUGGAAAUCCGGAUCUGUGUUAAUACUUAUAAGGUGUUCUUCUUACCAGGCUCGGAAGACGUUUUGAUCCGGAGUUCGAAAGUACGAUCACCUGUGAUGAACCAGGAUUCCGCACGUUCGAGACGAGUAAGCCAAUGGAAGGCCAGGCUUGAAAGUGCGGAUGGAUGGAAGAAGGGUUUGUCUGCCGAAGAGGUGGCUGAGUGUGAACAAAAGACGAAAGAGUUGUUUGAUAAUACGGGUGCUCCAGCUCAGAUUGAGGAAGAAGCAGCUGCUGAAGAACCAGUACCCGUGGAUGAUGUCGAGAUGGGUAAUGCAUAA